AGCGCAGACGUGGCUCCAUCUGUUUCUGACAGGAGAUAAACAACACUUGUCCGUCGUCCGUCAACAAGCUGCUUUUCGCCUUUCCUCUGCGUUUUCUCCAAGAGUUCGUGUGACAAUGUCUGGCCCGCAGUGGGAACUUGUGACGAAGAACAAGAAGGACAAGCCGGCUAACGGCGUAACUCGCAAACUCACCAAAACUGAGAAGAAAAAGUUCGCCGAUAACGCUCCCAAAGUCGAGGAUUUGUUGCCCAUGUCCAAGGUGAAAUCUCUCUACUCGGAUUUUCCUGAAGUCAACAAGCCACCUGCGGUGGAUGUUAAGAAAGGCAAGGAGAAUGAUGCGAAGAAGCAACAGCAGAAGAAGCCCCAGCAGCAGAAGGCUGAGAAGCCCAAGGAGAGCAAGCCCAAGACCCUCGAUGCAGCCAUCAAUAGGAUAGAUGUGCCAGAAUUUCAGAAUUUAAUUGCUGCACUGCAAGCAAAGUUUGACGGGUCUACCCUAAUGUGGCUGAGGACGAUCGAUAACUUUUUAGACCAAAGUCUGACUGUCGAAAUUAGUGACCCUGUGUUUUCUUCGAAAAACCAUGAGUAUCCCCUCUGUCUUCUACCACCUGCGAUGCUGUCUUCCUUAAAAGACGCUCUGGAAACUGCUGGUGAAGCCAAUCGGCAACUUUAUUUUGAAAUUCUUCUCAAUCAUUUAGCGCAAGAACUGACCAAAGGAUUCUCCGCUGUUGGUACAAGAAUAUUAUUACAAGUGAUGGGAACAUCCUACCCUGAGACAGUGGUUGCGGCUAUCCCUAAAUGUUUAGCUCUUCAAAAUUCUUAUAAAAGCAGAAAACCUAUAUGGCUCUCUAUUCUGUGGGCUAUGGGCCAGGGUGGGUUUAAAGAUCUCUCCGUUGGUUUGAAAGUUUGGCAAGAUGUCAUGCUCCCUGUUCUGGAAUUGAGGAAUUAUUCACAAUAUGUUGUUGAAUAUUUAACAAGGCUUCUAGGAAGGCACUCAGCUAGUCCUGCCCUUAGCGUUGACGAAUAUCUAAGUGCAAUGGACUCAAUUUUGCGACCUGACGUAUCAAUUUCAAAUCUACUCACUGAUUCUCUUCAGCGUCAAGCAAAGAUAUUGAGAAAAAUUGCAGUCAAUGCUACUCCUGAUGCCAAACUGAAUCUUUUCUUCAAGCCUCUCAUGAAUAGAUUAGCAACAGCAGACACUGAUGCCUACAAGGAAGAGGUUUUGGAGUUCCUGUAUUUGUGCCUGUGUGCAGAUGACCAAUGUUUCAACACAUGGAAGCAAAUCUACUCAUCAAACUUGUCCGAAAGCGCUGCUCUUCUGGAACAUAUCGCGAGCAAAGCGAGUUCCUCAGAAACUAAACCUGCUGAAAAGUCUUGCAAGUCUUUUAUAGACUUUGUUGUCAAGACUAAUGCAUCAUUACAAACUGCAAAACCCAAGCUUAAGGGAUUAGAAGACAGCCGUAAAGUUUGUGAGUCACUCUCCUUCAAAAUGGCUUCAAAGAAGAAGAGCUCGUACUGGAAAUUCAUCAGCUUCAUCCUCAUUCUUGCAUUUGGCGGUAUGGUUGCCUACGAUAUCAAACUUCAUGGUAGUUUUAAAGAAUCUACUGUGGGACGAACCUUACACGACACUGGUGCUUUGGCCUAUGGAAAUCUUGCUCUGGAACAAGCCAAAGUCUACACACAGAAAGGGGCCGAAUGGACACGUGAAAAUGGUCCUAUUUAUUAUGCAUCAGCUGUCGAAGUUUCCAAACCGUACCUUGAACUUGCCCGUGACUUGGGUCUCAUUGCAUACAACAGUGCAUCAAAAGCUUGCGUUGCCGUUGAUAGUUGGUGCACUACAAAUGCCCCCGAAGUCACUAGUCAGGUGAAGAAAUACGCAACUGUCGCGGGAGAAACCUUCGUACAGUAUGCUGGUGAUUUCGGACGUUACACCAGGGUUGGAUUUCAAUCUGCUCAGGAAUAUGCUGCCAAAAAUAUUUUUGUUGGAAAAUGGUCUCCGGAAAAUCUACAGAAGAUGACCCAUGAAGCGGUGAAUGUUACCCAACGGUACGUCAUCUCAACCUAUGAAUGGAUUGUGGAGCAAGUUGAUUCAGUUAGCAAAGCCCGUUGAUCAAAUACCACUUUUUUAAAAAUCCUGAGCCCUGUAAUUUUGUUCAUUGGUGUAAGUCUUUCUAUUAUGUACCUUAUCUGACAGAGGAGAGCUCAAGUCAUUGUUUGUCUAUUUAUAUCCUUUCUCAUUUCUUUCCUCUCAUGUUGCUUUUCUAUGGUAUUGAUACUUUGACUGAUGAUUUGGCAUGGGGUUUCCAGUACCAGUGUGUCAUAGGCACGGCAUCCCAAGCAGUUGGUUUUUCUUUCGGGUGUCUUCUUUUUAAAAAAAUUUCUUUGUAAUGGAAAACAGAGCAAGUGUACCUUUUCUUUCUGUUCACUGUCAAUUUUGAAAGAACUGAGAAUAGUUGUUAAUGUCUUUUGUAUAAAAUCAUUGUUAGGUUUCUCAAGUUUUAGAAUUGUGUAUAUGUGAAUUAUUUGUUUCUAAAGUGUUACUGAAUGAUCAUGACAUUUUAAAAAUUGGAGCAUUCCCUGUAAUUGUGCUUAUUUCUAUGCUGCUAUGAUGUGUAGCUAACUUAAGUCAUUCCUUGUAAUUAUGCAAAUUUAAAUGGACUGAGAAUUUAUCUCCAUAGUUUUAAUUUAUUUUGUUCUUCAGUGAAAUUGUGUUUGUGAUCAAGCUGCUACAUUAAUAGAUUCUUUAGAUUUUAGCCUUACCAGAUUUACUUUUCUUUUACUAUGUAUGUAUUUUACAAAACACUGCUGGUGUUAUAUGAAAUUCCUAUCACUACCUGUAGAAUGAUUGUAGAGCAUCAUUUUGCUUCGUUUUAUUCCUCACGACAGGAUUCUAUUUAUAUUUGUAAAUUUUCAGUAUUUGUCUCCUUGUUUUUGAGUCACAAAUUUUUCAUCUGUUAGGAUGCAUGCAAGCAAUUUUUUUUUUCUGCAUAAUAAUAAAUGUAGGGUUUGUCAAAGAA